CGAAAAGAUACUUAGACCUCGUCCCUAGAUUAAUUGACAAUUAUUUAUCACUGGAACCGCGUGAUACAAAAACCCAUGUUCAGUACUAUAAUAGUAACGGACAUAGUACCGCUACCACUCGAUCAUCGACCAUCGUCCUAUAUACUGCAGAAUAAAUUUUCAAGUUCUCAAUGCAAACAUAUUUCACUUACAUUAUAAUCUAAAUUUUUGGAGUUAAUUAUACAACCUUUCGAUAGCAUUAAACUUGAGAUUGUCACUAUUUUGCCUUACCUCAUUGUGUAUUGAAUAGUGGAUAGAUUGCUAUCAGUGGCAGUGGGUGCAAAAUUGAAUAUUGAAGUGUUUACAAAUAAACUAAUAUGCUUUUUUGGCCGGUCUUGUUAAUAUUACUCGUAACAUAUUUGCUGAAUAACCGAAGAUAUAGAUGGAUUUAUAUUCUCUACAAAACACUCCCAAGGGAUCUCACUGCUGGAUAUAGAUUCCUCAAAUUGAACUUGCGACUUUCAAAAUGGAAAAGAAAUCGUGAAACAAUCCCAAAAGUAUUCAGUCAGUUGGCAGAAAAGCAUCCGGAUAAGGUUGCAUUCUAUUUUGAAGAAGAAACGUGGACUUUUGAAAAGCUAGAAAGGCUCAGUAACCAAAUCGCUCACUACUUCAAAUCGAAAGGUUACAAAAAAGGAGAUUCAGUCGCACUUUUAUUAGAUAACCGUCCUGAAUACGUUGCAUUAUGGCUUGGACUAUCAAAGAUUGGUGUCAUAAGUGCCCUAAUAAAUACGAACUUGGUAGCUGACUCAUUGUUCCAUUCCAUUAUAGUAGCUCAUUGCAAAGCUCUCAUAUAUGGAACAGAUUUUUCAAAAGCUGUAUCAGAAAUAUCUGACAAAAUUAAGGAUUUGGAGCACUUUGAAUUUGGAUCCAAGAGCUUUGAUGAUGAAAUAAAGAUGCAACCAAGUACUUAUCCAGAAGAAGUGGAAUCAGUAGAACUACAAGAUAAGGUUAUUUACAUUUACACUUCUGGCACCACUGGACUACCAAAAGCUGCCGUCGUGUCACACCUGAGAUACAUGUAUGCAGCGGGUGGAGCUCACAUUUUAGCAAAUCUCUCAUCUGAAGAUGUUUUUUACAACCCAUUACCACUGUAUCAUAGUGCAGGCGGUAUGAUAGCUGUAGGUCAAGCACUUUUAUUUGGAAACACCAUAGCUUUAAGAAAGAAGUUUUCUGCUACAAAUUAUUGGAGUGAUUGCAAAAAAUAUAAUUGCACGACGGGAAAUUAUAUUGGUGAAAUAUGCAGAUAUCUGUUGGCGGUGCACAAACCUGGAACAAAAGUUGAACACAAUGUCAAGAAAUUACUUGGAAAUGGAUUGAGGCCACAAAUUUGGAACAACUUUAUCAACACGUUUGGUGUACAAGUCUAUGAAUUUUAUGGAUCUACAGAAGGAAACUCUAAUUUGAUAAACAUCGAUAAUACCGUUGGAGCAGUAGGAUUCGUCCCUAGGUAUGCAGACUUCAUUUAUUCAGUGAUAUUGAUACGAUGUGAUGAAAACUCUGGUGAACCCUUGAGAAACAAAGAAGGUCUGUGUAGUGCUUGUCAACCAGACGAACCUGGUCUACUAGUUGGAAAAAUUCAGAAAAAAAUGGCUCAUGCCGAAUUUAGUGGAUAUGCAGACGAGAAAGCUACAGAGAAAAAAGUACUAAGGGAUGUGUUUGAAAAAGGAGAUGCUUAUUUCAAUUCUGGAGAUGUCCUCAUUCAAGAUGAAUUGGGAAAUUACUUUUUCAAGGACAGAACUGGCGAUACCUUUAGAUGGAAGGGUGAAAACGUUGCAACAAGUGAAGUGGAAGCUGUUAUAAGUAAUAUUGUUGAACUGAAGGAUGCAGUGGUUUAUGGUGUUCAAAUUCCUGGUACGGAAGGACGAGCAGGCAUGGCAGCAAUAGUAGAUUCAGACAAUAAUCUCGACUUGGAAAAAUUAGCAUCUGGUCUAAGAUCAAAACUGCCAGGCUACGCGAUCCCAAUGUUUCUUCGGAUCAUGGACAGUUUGCCGAUGACUGGGACUUUCAAGCUUAAAAAAGUCGAACUCCAAAAGGAAGGAUUUGAUUAUUAUGCUAUCAAAGAUCACAGAUUGUAUUUUUAUAAUGCCAAAGUAGCCGAAUACGAGGGUUUGACCCAAGAGAUUUAUGAUGAUAUUGUUAAUGGCAAAAUGAAACUGUGAUUAGUGAUUGCGUUAAAGGUUUUAAGGAAACAUUUUUUUUGUUAAUAUCGAUAUUUUUGUUUAGUUUUAAUUCAUCAAUUAUAAUAUAAUUGAAUAUUUUCAUUCCUCGAGUUGUGUUAAUGUACUUAACUUUGCAUUUGUAAAAUAAAAACUUGAAAAGUUUUUUUUUUUUAAUAUAGUCCAUGAGUGGAUAUGUAUAUAGCAUAAUUGGUUAAUAAAAACAUGUUUGGAGGGUAUAAA